CCCCGAUGGUGGCCAGAGGGGCAACGCCGGAGAGAAGAGCAGAAGAAGACAGCCGGCAUAUGCGGGUGCCCGGUGUUUUGUGGGGCAGCAGCCGGGGGCCGGAGGCCGGGGGCGUGAGCAGCGUGAGCAGCGUGAGCUGGACAGGCGGCUACCCCACUUUGGACAGCGGUUGCCGGGACGUUGGCGCUGGCGGAUGGAAUUAUAAAAGGAACGGUCUGGCGCAGCUGUGGAGAUUGUGGGUCGUUCAUUGGUGCCACUUUUCGGUUUGCCCUUGCGCGUAGUGUGUAGCAAGAAUAAGCAGGCAGCAGAAGCAGGCAGCAGAAGCAAGCAGCAGAAGCAAGCGUCAAACUAAAACGAAAAGCAUACACAAUGCCAGAAAAGCAUUUGGAAAACGAGCAUCUUAUGAACGAGCGGGCAAUGGACGUGCCCUCCGGGUUUCUCGAAAGACACCCGGGCAAGCCACACCUUACCUCGCUCGAGCAGUACAAGAAGAUGCACAAGGAGUCGAUCGAGCACCCGGCGCAGUUCUUCGGCAAGAUGGCGCAGGAGAACCUCUCGUGGUCAAAGCCGUUCACCGUGGCCAAAGUCCCGGAGGCGCCACGUCUCCGGGACAACAACGGUGAGCCGUCCGCGUGGUUUGUGGACGGAGAGUUGAACGCGUGCUACAACUGUGUCGACCGCUGGGCGAUCAAGAACCCAAACAAGCCGGCCAUAAUCUACGAGGCCGACGAGCCAAACGAGGGCAGAAUCAUCACCUUCGGGGAGUUGUUGAAGGACGUGUGCCGUUUUGCACAGGUGUUGAAGAAUCUUGGCGUGAAGAAGGGCGACACGGUCGCCGUGUACUUGCCGAUGAUCCCGGAGGCGAUUGUGGCCUUGAUGGCGAUCGUCCGGAUUGGCGCCGUCCACUCUGUGGUCUUUGCCGGCUUCUCCUCCACAUCCUUGAAGGACCGGGUCUUGGACGCCGACUCCAAGAUCGUCAUCACCACCGACGAGUCCAAGCGGGGCGGGAAGAUCAUCGAGACGAAGAAGAUUGUCGACGACGCGUUGACCCACUGUCCCGACGUGAGAAACGUCAUCGUCUUCAAGAGGACAGGUAACUCCCACAUCCCAUGGAACAGCAAGAGAGACGUAUGGUGGCACGAGGAGGUGGUCAAGUACGGGCCCUACUGUCCGCCAGAGCCUGUCAGCAGCGAGGACAACUUGUUCUUGCUCUACACCUCCGGCUCGACGGGCAAGCCCAAGGGGAUUCUCCACACCACUGCGGGCUACCUCUUGGGCGCCAUGCUCACCACCAAGUACGUGUUUGAUGUUCACUACGAGGACAUCAUCUUCACCGCGGGCGACGUGGGCUGGAUCACCGGCCACUCCUACGUCGUCUACGGCCCACUGCUGAACGGUGCCACAACCGUCGUCUUUGAGGGGACCCCAGCAUACCCCAACUUCUCCCGGUACUGGGACAUUGUUGACAAGUACGGCGUGAACCAGUUCUACGUUGCACCGACCGCAUUGCGGUUGUUGAAGCGUGCCGGUGAGAAGUACAUCGAGAACUACAAGUUGGACACCUUGCGCGUGCUUGGCUCCGUCGGUGAGCCGAUCGCCAAGGACGUGUGGGAGUGGUACAACGAGUUCAUUGGCCGUGGCAAGGCCCACAUCUGCGACACGUACUGGCAGACGGAGUCCGGCUCCCAUCUGAUCUGCCCCCUAGCCGGGAUCACGCCAACAAAGCCCGGCUCCGCCUCGCUCCCAUUCUUCGGCAUCGAGCCCGCCAUCUGCGACCCGGUCACGGGUGAGGACUUGGAGGGCAAUUGCGUCGAGGGCGUCUUGUGCGUGAAGACCGCCUGGCCCUCCAUGACCCGCUCGAUCUGGAACGAUUACGGCCGCUACUUGGACACCUACUUGAAGCCCUACCACGGCUACUACUUCUCCGGCGACGGCGCUGCCCGCGACCAGGACGGCUUCUACUGGAUCUUGGGCCGUGUCGACGACGUCGUGAACGUGUCCGGCCACCGUCUCUCCACCGCCGAGAUUGAGGCCGCCUUAAUCGAGCACCCGCUCGUGUCCGAAAACGCCGUCGUCGGCUUCCCGGACGAGUUGACCGGCUCCGCCGUCGCCGCCUUCGUCUCCCUCAAGAAGGAGAUCGACGACGUCGCCGCCACCAAGAAGGAGUUGGUGCUCACCGUGCGCAAGGAGAUCGGGCCGUUUGCCGCCCCUAAGCAGAUCAUCAUUGUCGACGACCUCCCUAAGACGAGAUCGGGCAAGAUCAUGCGCAGAAUCCUCAGAAAGAUCUUGGCCGGCGAGGAGGAUCAGCUCGGUGACGUGUCCACCUUGUCGAACCCCAACGUGGUCGCCCACUUGAUCGAGGUUGUUCACAGCAUGAAGAAGUAGCCCGUCCGUGUAGUAUCUUAUGUCUAAUGAGCUAGUUGUCUAGUAUAGUUAAUGUUAGUUGUCUUUCCAGUCUUUCUUGUCAAUUCAUUUCUGCGACGAUCGGUCCUGCCCGCCGUUUUCCAAGUCGAUCGACCCAAUUUGCUUUUUUUCCGCGUCCCCUCACGGACAUGCCGAC